AUGGCGGGCUGCGCGGCGCGGGUUCCGCCGGGCUCCGAGGCGCGCCUCAGCCUCGCUACCUUUCUCCUAGGAGCCUCGGUGCUUGCUCUGCCGCUGCUCACGCGCGCCGGCCUGCAGGGCCGUACCGGGCUGGCGCUCUACGUGGCCGGGCUCAACGCGCUGCUGCUGCUGCUCUACCGGCCGCCGCGCUACCAGAUAGCCAUCAGAGCUUGUUUCCUUGGCUUUGUGUUUGGCUGCGGUGUGCUGCUAAGUUUCAGCCAGUCCUCUUGGAAUCACUUUGGCUGGUACGUGUGCUCGCUGUCUCUGUUCCACUAUUCUGAGUACUUAGUGACAGCUGUCAAUAAUCCCAAAAGUCUGUCCCUGGACUCCUUCCUCCUGAAUCACAGUCUGGAGUACACAGUAGCUGCCCUGUCUUCUUGGAUAGAGUUCACAGUUGAAAACAUCUUUUGGCCAGAGCUGAAGCAGAUUACCUGGCUCAGUACCACUGGGUUGCUGAUGGUGGUCUUCGGAGAAUGCCUGAGGAAGGCUGCCAUGUUUACAGCUGGCUCCAACUUCAACCACGUGGUGCAGAGUGAAAAGUCAGACACCCACACUCUGGUGACAAGUGGGGUGUACGCUUGGUGCCGGCACCCCUCCUAUGUGGGCUGGUUUUACUGGAGUAUCGGCACCCAGGUGAUGCUGUGUAAUCCCAUCUGUGGUGUGGUCUAUGCCCUGACGGUGUGGCGCUUCUUCCGUGAUCGCACAGAAGAGGAGGAGAUCUCGCUGAUUCACUUCUUUGGGGAAGAAUACUUGGAUUAUAAGAAGAGGGUGCCCACAGGCCUGCCUUUCAUAAAGGGGGUCAAGGUGGAGCUAUGACGGGCGAGGCCCUGUGGGACCAAGGACCCUCUGGCCUUGCGCAGCCGAGGACAAAACUGUUUCAAGUUGGGCACUACAGAGUGAGUUUUCUUAAUUGUUUUAUAUGUAGCUAAUUACUCCUCAGAACGUCACCCAGGACCUAAUGUUGAGAAGACCUUAGGUCCAAAGGAGCCUCGGCAGCCGUCUCCUGCACAGGCAGAGCAAGGAGGGUGUCAGCACCUCUUCCUCCGUGCAGGAUGAUGACCCAAGCCACAGUCUUCUGCCCCUCAGGUCAGGGUGUGUGUGCACGGUGACCAGGCCACUCGGGAGAUGGACACUGCCUUGACAGCACUCAGCCCGCUGGAGGAGUGGUCAGAGUGCCGGAUGUCAGCAUUCGAAAUGCAUAAAACCCUUCCUUUCCCCCCAGCCCAGCACAGCUCUAACCUCUGUCUAACCGCCCGUGAGUGCAUGAGCACCUGCAUUGACUCGAAAGACCUCUGCCCUCAGCUCACCGUACAUUUAAUCAUAUUUACACACCAAUUUUAUAAAAAUAGCAGUGUAGAUUCCAAGGGACACUCAGCCUCCAUGCCUUGGAGUUUCUAAGUCCGGCUUUUACACGGCAGCAGGCAGCACAGACCCUCUGCAGCUUCUGAGUAGCCAUUGAACCUGGGCUGAGGAUGUGGGCCCCAGGGCUCUCCCAGGGUCCUGGCCUUGGCUCGUCUGUUCCCCUAGGAAGUAAUGUCCGUGCUAACGCCUCCGAGAAGGCUGCCGGCCCGCCGUGUGUGAGGUUGUUCUCAUUUAUCAUAGCUUGAUUUUUUUAUUUUUAUUUUUAUUUUUUUAUUUCUGAGUUGCAAUGAGUCUGUCAAAUUAGUUUCCUGUGUUUUUUCAAAGUAAGUCACCCUACUGCUGCAGCAAGUUUUCCCAGAAGGUUUGGGCGUAGUUCACACACCUGGAACUUGAGGCAGUUUAACCCUCAACAGUCCACAGUAGAGAGGCCUAGUUGAGUUUUGUUAGCAUCUUGGAUCUGCUGGCCUGGAAGAACAUUGGCUUUCUCUGUGUUUAGCACAAAAGCUUUCAGAGGUGCGGCCCUUGAUUAAUCCUGGACGGGACAAGAGCCUGGUCCUGGUGUGAGGUCCUUCCAGAUUUGGUUUUCUUUGUUGUCCUCAGAGCAUCUGCCUUGAGGUGUAGAAGAGUCUUAAAGUCUGCAGGACUGAACGGAUUGGUGUACCUCCCCUUCCCCGCCAGUUCCAGCAGAAUCCAGAUCAGCCUGCAUAGCGCUCUCUGCAGCAGCCAGGCCCUCUCAGACUUGAGAAAAACCUUUUCCUUCUCCCCUGUACCACUGAGCAGACAUUGCUGGGUUGAAAAUAAUGAAUCUUAGUAUUCCUGGCCUUCAGCCAUCUGGUAGUCCUUAAGUACAGUUCUGUCUUCCCAGGACUCGGAAGACUCCUUCCUUCACAAGCACACCAGUGCACAGAAGCACACUUGGUACAUCAGGUCAGGCAAGCCCAGGCCCCAACAGUGGCCAUGGUGUUGCUAAGCACGCUGGCAGCUUGCUGUACGUAGGCCAGGUCUCCACCAGGACACCAAAGUGGGGUUGGUAAUGAAUGCCAAGCUGGAAUUGAGCAGGACACAAGUCCACAUGGGUGCUGACCUGGGGCUUGAUGUUGGCAGUGGGAGCACUGGCAUCUUCAGGAACAACGUGACAGUCCUGCCCCCGUGGGGGACGUUGACUUUGACGCUCACAGUGUACUGGAUGGCCGGUUAAAGCAGGACUGCUGUUCUGUGCCACAGUGAACUGCUGCUGCUGGGCUCUUGGCAGCGCUAAUGGGCACGUGUGGCUGGGCUUGCAGGUCUGUUCUGUGAGUCCUCAGAGGCCCAUUGGAAGGAAGCUGGGGUGGAGGUGUGCUCUGGCAAGAAGGUGGGCAAGGUUAAUAUGGGUGAGUGUUCAAUAUUGAGAUGCUGUAAGACCUUGUCAGACCGGGAAGAGUGGUCAAGUGGGCGGUUAGUACUGUGUUGUAGGAUGCAGCCAGAGUUGACAGAACCUCAGGAGCUGGGUAAAUGGGUAAUUCUAGUUUAUUCUUGACAUAGUAGACAGGCAUUCCAUCAGCUGGGAGGUGGCCCCAGCAUCGGUUCCUCCACCAAAACUUCUGAGAAUUCAGAACCCUCAGUGCCCUAGUCAGUGUAGUAAGCAGGGAAGCCGUCAGGAGGGUCUCAAGCCAGCCCAGCUGCAAGUGUUCCCUGGGCCAGCCUGCAGACAUGGAUGCUGCAGCCAGAACUCUGAGACCACCUCCCAGCUCUGCAGUGGUGCUGACUGCUGUUGAGGUGGGGAUGUGGCCAGAGCACUGUUCAUUUCCACACCCUCCUGGGCUGGGGCCUCCCAUCAGAGUGGGGUCACGACUGCCUACCUCACAGGGGUGUUGUGGGAAGGUGAGCUGGACAACAAUGAAAUCUUAGAAGGAGAACCAGGUGUGUCUAUGUGAAAAAGCAGUGUGUGCUAAUGUGUGUCCAAAAAACGUUCUGCCAGCUUGGAAGUAAUUUAUUUUAGAUUUUAUGGCUUAAUUAUUUUUUUGUUCUAUAUACCAAAGAGGCUUACGGGUUUGCCAGUUACCAUGUGAGGCCAGUUGGCUCAGGGGCUGCCAGCCAUCAGGACCUGAGGCUUAAGAGCGCUGUGGUAGCCAUGGCUGUUGUCCACACCAAGCUGCCCGGGAAUAACCAUGGUCAUAUGAGUGGAGACAGACCACACUUCCUAUAGCCUACCCCACUCACUAGGCUGAAAGCGAGAGGGAAUGGAUUUUUGGCAGUCGUACCCAGCUCUUUCUCAGUGCAUCUAAGCUGGGCUGGCUCCAGCCUCCUGUUCCCCUUGAGGGCCAUGAAGUUGUCUUUUUGAUGGAUGGAGAGUAGCUAAUGACAGCCCUUGGCAUUGUGGGUGGUAAGGCUGAAUGUUGGCAUUUGAUGUCACCCUCCACCUGCCAGAAGCCAGGAAGUUCAGCCUUAAGACAGCCCCACAGAGAGGGAACCCAGGCCCUGGGAUCUCUUGGUGAGAUACGAGAUUGCACCCUAGGAAAGGUGAGGUGGUGUUCUUUAAAGAGCAUCCCAAGGGUGUGGCCAGUGGAAGACCGGGCCACCCUUCUGACACUCCCAGGAUGCCAGUUGGCCAGCCACAAGGGACUAUGAGCCUCUUCUGGGCAGGAUUUGCUAGGUGAUUGGUCUCUGCUGCUGUGGGCUGGAGGUUAUCCUAACUUAGGAAUGCAGCCGUGACAGGUGGCAGCAGAAUCCAGUUGAUGAGGCAUUUCAGGUGUUAUAAGGGCUGCUGUGUCCUAGGGUUUCCACAAAGGAAGGCGUUGUUAGGAGAUUGAUUUGUCUACGUGCAGGCUUCAGAGUAGAGGAUUUUGUGUGGAAACUGGGCACCUUACAGAAAAACAGCUACUUGGCAGUCAUGGGGCAGGAAGCAUUUAGAGGCCCUGUGGCAGCUAAAAGCUGGUGUGGCAGUUUGUGAUGGCCUCCAAGCAGGGCAGGAAGUUUAACAGCGGUGUCCUUGGUGGGAACUGCUGCUUGGACCUAGGGUAUAGCCUUAUCAGUUCUUCCCACUUAUUGCUAGCUUGGCCACUCAGGGCAAAUCCCUGAGGGCUCAGCCAAAGCUCUUGGGCUGCCUCCUCCAAACACGAAGCGAGGCCUCCUCCUCCUCCUCCUUCUCCUCCUCCUCCUCCUCUGCAUUCUCCCCUGCCUUAGGUAUCUCUGCUUCACAGUAGCGGCAAGGUAGAGCCCUCAGCCUCCCCAUGGGCGGGCGGUGGCUGCAUGGCUGUGAAGCUUGUCCCUCGCUCGUCCUGAACUCGGCAGGCCUCCGUCCUGAGUGGAAGCAGGCCUCCGUCCUGAGUGGAAGCAGGCCUCCGUCCUGAGUGGAGGCAGCUUGUCUGACCCAUUGCAAGGAAGGAGAACUAUAGAGUAAUCACUGUACUCUUCUUUUUACAUACAGAAAUGUUUAUUUAAAUAUAUUAAAUGGGAUUUUCUUUCACAGAUACUGAAUAUUCUUUCUAAUUCUUAAAUAAAACUGUACUUGGUUUCACUAUGAA